AUGGCCACCCGCACACAGGACCCGCCGACGACGGGGGGCGAGACGCCCACGCCUUCUUCGCGCCAACUGACACCCAAGAGUGACAGCAAAAGCAUCACGCCGAUGCGUGAGCCCAUAGAAAGCACCGUGGAACCUCCUCCGCCACCUGGUGCUACGGGUGCGCUGCGCUGCGUGCUAUGCGGUCUGGAGGCCAGCUCGGCCAUCCGCCUUGUGCGCUGCAAGAACUGCGGUAGCCACUUCCACGCCCACUGUGCCAACCUGCCGCAGCCGCCCGAGGAGGGAAACCUUUUCUGCCGCCACUCGUGCUACCUCAAUUCCAAGCAACAGCAGUCCAAGGCCCCCGUUUUCAGACACGGCGACUACCCCCGACUCGCCACGCAAAUCCAGAGUGUGCUACAGGAGAAGUCCGACAGACUGCAAGUUCGACGACAACUUCCGCUACAAGAAGUAGCGGGUACCAGUGGGCGUGGCCGUGGCCGCGGACGUGGAAGAGGAAGGGGCCGUGGCCGAGGGAGAGGUCGAGGCAGAGGACGAGGAGCUGGAACGAAGCGUCCGUUGCAGGAGGACACUGACGAUGAAGUCAGCCACCGCCAUCCUCGCCUCUCAUCAAUCGAUCGGGAGCGUGAAGAAGGGACUCCGAGAGCCAACGAUGCGGACCCGUUCACUCCACGAAAUACCACUGCGCAUGGAAGUAACAGUAACAGCAACACGCCGCUUCACGAAGAUGACGAAAGGAGUCUGCAGCCGCCGCCACGCACCGCGUCUCCCGCUUCUCGCCGGCCACUACGAGGAUUCGACACGGAGCAGGACAGUCACUUCCGGAAUGCACCCCCACCCAAUAUGCCUUCGUCUUCUUCAAUGCAGAUGUCGCGUCAGCCCCGAGGCGAGUACUCGUCAAUGCCAGCCCCCGACCAACCAGGCGCUGACGGUUCCCGACCUCGCCACGGAUUCUCGUCCCCUCAGUAUCCCAUUGCAGGCCCAAGACAAAGACAGGAAGACCCACGAUCGCUUCAAGUGGUGCAACCGUACUUUGAUGACCGCUCUUCGGGGCAGAUGCCGCCGACACAAGCGGGACCGAAUCAAAGAAUUCCACCAGGAAUGCAACCACCACAGCAGCCAAUGCACGACGAGCGAGCACCGCUUCAGCGUGACUUUGAGCCGCCAUAUCGUGGAGCACCAACUGGCCCGGCACUACCUCCAGCUCCUUAUAACGAUUCGCAGCGUAGUGAUCUACCGUCAGGCCCACGCAAAGGCCCCCCACCAAACUUCAAUGGCGCUCCCUCGAACAAUUACGGUCCUCAAGGACAAUUUCCAGGGCAGCCUCCGUCUCAACUCCCCAUUCGUCGUCACACGCCGAACAUUCCGUGGCGUAAUCCAUCAGCUUUCCCGGCGGAAAUCUAUGAGCGAUUCAGCUGUCACUCCGACGAUGCGAACCACGUAUUCCGGAUUGAUCUUUCCCCAGUGUUCGCUGAGAAAGCCACCAAGUUGUAUCAAAACGAGAUUGAUUUCUUUUUCCGGUGCUUCGAGUCGCCAGAUGUGAGCUUGGUUGUCAAGGGCAUGAGCAGUGAGCUGAACCAGUACAUUUGGGCUUGGCCCUUCAUUCUCGAGUGCUGCGGUAACGACACACAUUUUGCGUUCGAUCACUUCCAGUUCAAGCGAAAUACCGAAACAGAUAUGCCAGAGCUGGCCUAUGUGGGGGUGCUGCAAUUAUCUAUGGCAUCCUUUAACUCGUAUCUGGAGAAGUAUUUAUCGAAUGUACCCGGCAAGGAUGUGGUUGUGUUGGAGGACCACGUCACAAAAAAGACGAUUACUAUUGUUGCAUCCGAGAACAUUAUUGCGCUGAACAACUUGGUACUUGCCAAGUACUGCGCACAGCUGUACAAUGAUCUCAUCAAGGGAUUUCAGUGGGACGUCUUUGCUGGUGGCAUCCACUGCUUGCUGCAAUAUCUUCCACAGAGCAGCUGGCAUGAGAAGUUUUCCAGUCCACGUCUCCAUUUCAACUUUCCUGGCGCCCGAGGCUCUCUAGCUGACCCAGGCAAUGGCACCGCAGAUACUGCAUACCAGGUGCUCGUGGGAUCGUUGGAGCUAGUUAUAUUUGAGCGGUUCGAGCCGCAGUACAAGGCAGACUUCGACCUCAUUCUACAGCGAGCCGGCUACGAUGCUGAAAGGAAGACUAUGCUAUUAGAUGCUCAUCUUCGUGCCCUCAGAUCUGCGGGCUUUGCGUUCUCGACGGUGCUUUUGCAAGAUGGAGAGUUUGUUCAUGUCAACAAGGGCCGUCAACAUUUCUGGCGUGUCGUAGAGAAAGACAGCGUCAAUGGCUCUAUCAACGCUCCAUGUGUAUUCCUUUCAUGGGAGUGGGUUUACCAGGGUGUUUCUCAACGCGGUAUCUCCACGGAAUGCUGGGUACGUCUGUUCGCUAUGAAAAACGCUAGUAUGUGCCCUGACGGAUGGGUAUUUGACCCGCGUCGGGCGAUUGUUGAAGCUGCUAAGUGUGGCGUAGCAAUCGUGCGCACUGGUCAAUUCUUACGCUCAGCGCUAGCAUCGGGGCGUCCGCGGACGUCCCAAAUGUUGUCGUUCACAUCUGCUCCGGCGCCCAUCGAUCGAGGUGUAGUUGCACAGCGCCAAGCUCAGAUGGUACUCUUUCUAGAGUCAAUUCUACCGUGCCUUGACGCCAUCGUCGAAGAGGCAUACGAGUUGGGUCUAUCAAGCACUGACGAUAGUGACGAGUUCCGCAAGGUGUUUGACGAUGAAAGCAUGUGGCGUACGGUGGAUGCUGAUCUGCGUGACCCACCGGCAGACAAUGCUGACAAUUACUCGUGCGGAAUUUGCGAGCGCGAAAUCACCAAUCUCUACAAGCAAUGCCUUGGUUGUGCCGUGUACUCUCGUCGCUGCCGACCCAACAUGGCGUUUCCGAUCUUUCGUGUCUGCCUCCGCUGCCACUCUCAGCCGGAGCAGCACCACUUUAAGCCGCGCGCUAUUGCCUCGUAUUACGACAAGGUACUGAGCUCGGAGGGCCACACGGGAAUCCUGCCGGCGACUCGCCGCUACCAGUCGGUACGAAGCUACUUUAAAUGCCGCUGCGUGCCAUCGAACCGCUGCGCCCACUGUGGUGGCUGCGAAUCAUGCAGCUGCCUGUGCCACACGCUGUUCCAGACUCGAUUCCGUUUUACGGCUCCUGGUACGUUACGAUGUCUUCAAUCUUUCGGCGAGUAG